GAAAGACAAAUACAUUGUUCAAAGUGUGGACAAUCAAAGUGCGGAGCUUGUGAGGAGGACGGAAUAACUGAACACAGCCCUGGAUUUUGUAUUUCUACCACACUGAAACAGAAAAGAAGGAGAACAGCAAAGGGAGGAUAACCCAGAGGCAGAUGAUGAUAUGGAAGCAUUGAUCUGAUUAGUCCUCUAAAUCACCUCCACACUCUUUUUACUUGGAUUUUAACCAUGGGACCACUACACAAGCCAGGAUGGCAGAAGAGAAGCCGAAUCAAAAGUUGUGUGGAAAACCAGCACUCCAACAAGUCUUUCUCUCAACGCAGACAGUCCGCACCUUCUAUUAUUCUCAGCAAAGCUCUUACAAAGUCGAAACCUGUCGCCAGGAAUUGUGCAUCUCAGGUUAGCCAGGACAUUUUCGCCCUGAUCCAGUCUCUGCUCAGCCCGACAAGGAAGCUCAUUUGCCAAGGCAAUGUGGUGCUGCAGACUGGCCUUCAGACCCAAGAGAGAUUCCUCAUCCUCUUCAGUGAUCUUCUCAUCAUCACCAAGGCUAAGUCAGUAAUGCAGGUGAAGCAGAAGAAGUGUGUGCGUGUUAGUGAGAUGUGGACGGCCAGCUGUGUGGAUGAGGUGUGUGAGGCCAGUACCGCUUCAGAGAGGAGCUUUGUCAUGGGUUGGCCAACUUACAACUGUGUGGCUACUUUUAGCAUUUCAGAAGAAAAAGAUAGGUGGCUGUCUCUCAUUCAAAGUUGUAUACAAGAAGAAAAACAGAGUGAUAAUCCGAAGAUGAUUCCACUAAAGAUACUUGCAAAGGAUGUUGGGAACUGUGCCUAUGCAAAGACUCUUUUUAUCAGCAACACAGACUGCACCUCUGAUGUCAUUGGCACAGCACUGCAACAGUUUGGUCUUUCGGGUGGAAUAAAAGAUUAUAAGUUGUGGGUAUGUUCAAAACAAGAUGAAACACCAUACCCUUUAAUUGGUCAUGAGUUUCCUUAUAGCAUUAAGAUGAGCCACAUUCGCCUGCUGCAGCAAGAUGCAGUGACAUUAUCCUACAGCCAGAUGGCGCUUUUGCCUAUUGACGCUCACUGCCAGUUCUUCCUGAGGCCCAGUCAAAUGAGUAGCACCUUCACAGAACAGAAAAGCAAGAGGAGGAGGAUGUCUCUUAUUAGCUGGGCUUUUAAACGAGGCUUCAUCAUUGACCAGGAUGUUCAGUCCGAAUCUCCUGAUCAAACCAUUACACCGGCUUCUGGUCAUCUGUUUGGUCGGCCACUCAGUGAUGUGAUAAAAGACAAUACCCUGCCAUCACCCAUUGUUGACAUGCUGAAGUGUUUGUGCAGAGAGGGGGCCGUGACGCAUGGAAUAUUCCGGCGCUCUGCUGGAGUGAAGGCCUGCCGAGAAUUGAGGGAAAAACUGGAUUCUGGUCACUAUGAAGAGCCACUGAGUGGAGAACCUGUACUUGUUACUGCUUCAGUGUUCAAGUUGGAUUUGACUGAGGACAAUAGAAGCAACCGCGGAUCAGUUGGGUCCCUGCAGCAGAUGUCAGAUUCAGGUUAUGAGAGUCUAAAGAAUGAGGUGAAUACAGACACAGAGGACAUUUCUAAGAGUCGUCCUCUGAAAGACAGUCGUAGUAUGGACUCACUCAUGUCACUGAGUGAUUGUGACCUCGAUAUUCCAGAAAACCACCUGCCGUCUUCCACCCCAUUAGCACAACUUAGGAACUUUUCACCUGCAGUGCGACAGCUCCGAUCCCUUAAAUUAUACAGACGCUCCAUGUCCACCAUUGCUUUGACUUCUCAUCAGCAGGAAGUAACCCUAGAAAGUGGAAAACAUGAAGAGUUUAAGAGACCUGAUGAGGUCAAUGAUAAUUUGCUUUUGGAACUAAGCUUUCAACAACUGAAUUUCAUGAGAGAAAAACAAACUCCACCAACCUCCAAUGUGUCAUCGGCAGGAACUUCACCAACACACUCAUCUGUGAGUUCAAUAGACAGUCCAUUUUCUCUGUCCACCCGUAUGACUCGUCAUUCUCCUCAGGACUCUCCAGACAAGGGACAAUCUGAUUUGCUCGCUCAAAAUGGCGCAGACUACCAAAACUCAAACAGCUUGCCGAACGAAAAAUCAUCUCCGCCACAUCAUCAGAGGAACGUCACUAAUAUUGAAAUUAGUUUACAAUGUAAAGUGCCCCAAAAUCCUCCUCCUUAUCAGCAGGCCUUUCAAAAACUCAACAGAAAACCAUUCUCACAGACUCCCACUCAAAUACCUUCACAUAAAGGAAAAGGCCUUUUCUACAGGGGGCCCGGGAGCCCCACGCACAGUCCAUUAGGAGACCCCAAUGUGUCCUCUGACCCUCAGACCGUCAGGUUCUCCUGUCAAACCAGGACUGAAGAAGAGGUCAAAUUACCACAGAGUGUGUUUUACGGACAGAGCUGCAACUUGACGGUGCACAAAGUCAGGGAACAGAAUGCAGGUUUGAAGUCUAGCAAACUCUCUGGGGAGCAGUUGAGGUUUAAAGCUCUUGAUUUGCACCCCUCCUCUGGAAAAAUAGUCGGGGACUACUUUAUGGAUGCUUCUCCUCUCAGAGAGAAGCAGGCUCAAAGGCUCAGUUGUUGCAGUAGCAGCCAGUGGAUUGUCUGAAGCCAAUGGGAACAGUCUUUUUCAAAAACAGCACAUAAACAAUGGGACUCCAUUAAUGAUAAUAAUCUGCAGUUUCUUAUAAUUAACAAUUACACGCUUCAUAUGACAGAAUUAUUAAAUUUUUUAGAGGGGGCGUAACAUUCUCAUUUUCCACUAGAUAUUUUCAUCUUCAUCUCAUCAGCAAUUUCGAUUUUGGCACGCUCUGCAGCAGCUGACCCACUAAAGACCCAGGUAUACUUCAUUUACCACGUCCGCACAGCUUUCAAAGCAAACUCAACCGCUGAGUAAACUCACAAAAAUUGGGCUGCACGCGGACACUUCUGAUGAGGAAAAUUAGGAGGAAUCAACAUUGUGAUGUCUGUCAGCCAUCGACAAAGAACAAUGGCAUCAUCUAUUGGCCCAACAAUAAUUAUUUUUUUCUUUCAGUUUUCAAUGUGUUUCAAUGUUUUCAAACUGAAGCAUUUAAAGCAUUCAAAAACAGACACUUAUACUUGCACAUUCACAAAAUCCCCUUUUCAGGAUUACAUACAGUAGGGAUAGAUUACCCAUUUUGCUUGUUGAUCCUAAAACGUAAUUACUCAUAUUUUGAUUUUGAAAAAUGAAUGCCGCCAUUUUGAGGUCCAAGAAGAUUUAAUUUUAAGAUGAUCUGUGAGCAUUGUAAUGCCUUUUUGUAAAUGUAGCCAAACCUUUUAAUUAAAUGUAUACAAAACUGUUUGAAAGUAAAUAAAAAAAAA